UACACCUGUUGAUGUCCCUUUUGAGUUUCCGCGGGACGGCGAGGUCGCGACCAUACAACGCCAUGGGAUCGCACAGUUAACUAGUAGAACUUCGUAGUCAUUGUAGUCGUGGAUGCUGUUGCGUGAUGGUGGAGGAGAAAGCUGACAUGGAGGCGGUGGUUACAGAGGAUGAGGAUGAGGUGGAUCUGGAGGACAAACUUACAGAUUGUCUCCAAACCUCAAAUAUUGACCAGGCCCGUGCUCUCAUUGAACAAGGUGCUGACUUUAACAGAGUAAUUCAACACGGCUUCAAUGUCCUGGACUAUGCGUAUGAUGCAGCUGUAGCCUCCGGGAGGCUAGACAGCUUCAAUCUACUGCUUCAAACAGGUCGUCUUUAUUUGGGCGGCCCCGAGAUCUACAACCUGUGUGAGUACGCAAAUCCCCGUGGUGAGGAGGAGGCUAAGUAUGCCCAAUAUACCCGCGAACGUGUGUUGGACCUCCACUCUGAGGUCGAGGCUGUUCCCGGUUGGAGUGACGGUAACGGCCGUCGAGUUGUCCUUGAGCAGCUGUUUGACUUACUUGUUGAGUCAGGUGCCGAUGUGAACCAGGUUCAAACGUCAAAUCCAGACACUCCGGUAUCCCAUGCGGAAUGGCUGGCGCGUCUUGAGGAGGACCAUUUGUGGACUGUACGGGGGACUGUUGACGGCAAAGGCAGGACGGACGGUUAUAAUGAAGCUGUGGCGUUUUUCAAGACAGAGAUGUUCAGUGAAAGCCUCGUGUUCAGUUUGUUAGAAAACAAUCGGUUUCAAAUGCUGGAGAAACUACUGAGAACUCCCGGAUACAAUAUCAACCAGCCUUCCUUUCACUGCCCACUGUACUACGCUAUGUCAAAGUUGUCAUACGACCCAUUCAAGCUCCUGCUUCAAUACGGCUGUCAGCCUCGAUUCUGGUAUACAUCGGGAACGGAGAAGAAGCUGUUUCAGGCGGCACAUUUCGCCGAUCCUAAUUAUUUAGACAAAGGGUGGCUACAUUAUUUACUUCAGUUCAGAUGGAUUUUCCCUAUGCCCGCGUCUGCCAUUAACAGGAAAAUCCGUCUGCUUGUGCAAGCCGGGUUUGACGUGGCACGUACCGAUUGGCUGUUUGUGCCGGAAGUGCCGGAAGUAUCUGACGGCCACAUGGAAGACCAUGUAGAGCUUCUACAGCUGAUAGAUUGGCUUCGUGAUAGAGCGUCGACACCGAAACCUUUGAAGGAGAUGUGCAGGACAGUCGUACGAUUUAUUAUUAAGGAUAACUUCAUCAGCGGGAUGCAGAAUUUGCCAAUACCCGAUGUUAUGAAGAAUUAUCUUAUGUUGAAACAUUGAACAGGACAAUACAUUCCGGACAUAUAAUCAACCAUAUACAGGACAAUGCAUUUCGAGCGUAGAUAGAUGCUCAUUAUGUUGAUCACUGGAGUGCCUGGUCCAGAUUCGGUUAUUUAUAUACCGUCGCCAUAUAGCUGGAAUAUUGCUGAGUGCGGCGUAAAACUAAACUCACUUACUCGCUCAAUGCAUUCUGGACACAUAUUUGUCAACUUUCCACACAACGAUCCCACACGAAAAACGCAAGGAAAACAUCAUUAGCUUGAUCCAUGGAGCAUUUGUCGUAACGUAGAUGUAGGUUCGUCUCUGACGUGAACGUUUCAGGACAACUUGUGAAGGAAGUGCAAUCUGACGGUCACCGAUCGAAGGCGAGAAUCGGAUGUCAACUUUUUUGAUUUUGAGGGACACGAUCCAACAUUCGAAAUUAACGUCGGUCCUUAGGCCCGAACCGCCGCCAUAUAGCUGGGAUAUUGCUGAGUGCGGCGUAAAACUAAACUCACUCACUCACUCAAUUAGGCCCGAAGCCGGCUGAAAACCACGCGGACCUACAGAUUUUGUUUUCUUCAGGGACAUCCUUAUGACCUACAGCAUUUUCAUCCCCAAUAAAUAAUUAUUUCCAUAUUAAAAUAUAAAGCCCACACAUUCUGAUCAGGACCCACAACUUUUUAGGGUUCUGUGUCCUUAGGCCCUGCAGCUUUUCAGGGUUAAGGGCAAACACAGACACGAUCGGAGCAUACUCUUACUUCUUCAUCGGGUGAAUGGGGCGGUGGGGUAACCUGGUGCUUAAAGCGUUCGCUCGUCACGUUGAAGGCCCGGGUUCGAUUCCCCACAUGGGUACAAUGUGGGAAGCCCAUUUCUGGUGUCCCCUGCCGUG